ACGAGCAUGAAGUGACGCAUCCAGCAAUUAUUCUUGAGGCUUUCUAGUUUUGGAGAGUGCUGAGAUAAGGGCAGUAAAUUGAGCAGGCUUUUUAAGCAUUAGCUAUUCUCAACACGUUUGUCAAUUAAUGGCUGGUUAAGUUCCAUCAAGUCGUUUCCCUCCGUCCACAGAAUCACAAUAAUUGGCCUUUGCCUCUACUGUGUUGUUGUGUUACACACAUGGGCCGUAUAAUGGCAUUAUUUUGUCAAAAUACACAGUUUAAUGCUGUUGUGCUGCCCUUCCUUUCACAUAAAACCAUAUUAUCUGCUCACCCUGACAAAAGCUAUCCUGACAGCUGACCCAAAAUAUUCCAAAGGGCAAUGCAGCAAAAAGUCAAAGUGUCAGAUUUGGGACGGGGGAGCGCAGAUAGUGUGUCCACGGACAGACGAAGGCAGAGUGACACGCAGAGGACGCUCCCCGGUGCCACUGCAGGAGACGGGCCCCGUCCUCCUGGGAUUCCGCUGCUCCGGCGUGUUGGAAAAGCGCUGCGUCUGCUCGCGCUCGCGCCGGGCAGCAGGUGUGAAAACUCCCCAGCAGAUCUCCCACAGCCCUCUGUUAUUACAUCUUUUUAAGGCCUUGAAAGAGAGAGCAGAUGAGCCAGAGGGAGUGAGAGGCAGCAUGGGAGUGUGGGAUUGUGUUUCCUUUGAUUGAUAGCAGCCCUGUGACUAAUGCAUACAUUUAUAAUAAUUUUCGCUGGCAAUGCUCAAUUAUGUGUGCCUGAAAGAUUCAGAUCCCCUGCGCAUUAUUAUUACUAGGUGGUUUAGGAAGAGUCUUGAGUAAUUAGCUUUUUGGCAACACCCCAAACACUGUGAGAAAGGGAAACAAUCUACUACUCAUGUAAUUUUCAUUAUUUAUCAUUUCCACAUUAUUAAUAUUGGCAUCCAAACUAUGAAGCAACAAAAGAACAAGCAUCUUGAGCAAAAUGUGUUAAAUAACCCAGAAUAUGAUUUAUGUUUUUGCUCUUUUGAUUUCGAGUUGAAUUCUUUGGGAACUUUCGGCCCCCUGAACUAAGGACCGUGUUCCAUCAGUCUUCCCACGUGUGUUUGGUACUUACUUAUUGGCUGCUUUUCCACCAAUCCCCGGUCCAAACCAUCUUAACUGGAUUGAGGGGAUUGAAGAGGAGACGUCAACUGAUGCAGCACCGCAUCGCUCUCCCGCUUGGGCCAAUAGCUCUUAACCUGAAGGUGAUGGUUCCACACACCAGGUGGGAUGUAGCUUCAAAAUGCUCCUGUAGCAGCAUCACAUCACCUCCAUCACAGGUUCUUCAUUCCCGUUUCGUCGACUUGACUCCAGGUUUGAUAACAACUGACGGUUCACUGUAUGUCGACUACUUCUGUAAGCGUGCAAGACCUGUGUGUUGGUAAAAUAUCCACCUGCCACGCUGUGAAAUGUGGCCUGGCUCUCAGAUUGGUGUUUUUAUGAGGGUCCAGGUAGAAGUGAGAUACUCCUGCUUGAUAUUAGUGUCAUAAAUCACACCAAACAGCCGAACAGAGCACGUACAGGGCUUCAGCAGCAAAUGACGCCAUUUCUCACCGUGCACAUUGAACAUUUCUUGCUAGUUACUUAAAUAUUUUCUUAAAAUAACCAAUAUUGUUAGAAGAUUCUGACAGAAAGUGUUAAUUUCCUUUUGCAUAUUUAUGUCAGGCAAGCAGGGGUUUAAUCCAAUAACUCAUUGAUCAGUUUGCGCUUCCUGAAUACAUAACAACCGACGCGUCAGAGAUUCAAGUAGUUUCAGGGUUCAUUUUUAGAACCAUGUUCUGGCUAUGAUAACUCUUUCCCACAAUAUUUAAUCGAUAGUCACUUGGUCGUCACAGGUGCCGGCAGUUUAAGGCCCAACUUGUUAUAGAGGAGCUAUAUUUCUUAUGGGAUUUAUGGAUCCAUGUGGCUUUUAGAUGACAUCGCUCUACCUAAUUUGUGCCCGUGCGUUGAAAUGUAUGAUGGAGCGGAGGUGUUGGUAGUUUUCUCCGGGUGGGGGUAGCGAUGCACCCUGAAUGCAGCCCUGAUUGGAUUGAUUCUCAGCAGUCUUGUUUACAAGCAGUCUCCUCACAAUCGGCACAGUUUAAUAGCGGAGCGUCCCAGAAGGCUUGUUGUAUCCGUGUCCGUUUUGUUCCUUGGGGCAGAGAAGACAAAGGUGCCGGGAGGGGAGAAGGGGAAAGCAACCUCAGGGGAGCUGUGAAAUGCUCCUGGAGCUUUCUGCCAAGAUAACGUUUCACCUCGCACACCGAUACGCCUUUUAGAGGGAACCACAGCACCGCCUCCAGCGCCGGCCAGUGUUUAUGGGCCAAAGCCACUCUGGUUUCACAGCACCAACACAGGAUUCAGGGAAUUGUAGAUAGCCUCUCCUUGACACGUAAGUGCUUCAAUUUUAAUUUUAGGACCCUUUCAAAGUAAAGCUGUCUCCUGCUGAAGGGACUCACUUGCUUCAUCAUGCACUCCUACAAAAGGCUGCGGCUCACACUGGUCCCUCAAUAAAUCCCAGGGUGACACAAAAGCUGUCAGUGGACUGCUGCUGAAUAGAUUAAUAAGAUUUCCAUAAUUAGACAGGCCCCUGACAAUAGGAUCCUUCAGGCUUUGUCUCAGGGCCAACUGGAUUGUCCGAGCUGCGCACGUCUGUUGGACGGACGUCCACCACAAUGGCCGCACAGACAGUAAAGCAGUCAGCAGAGGAACAUCUGUCUCUCCUGGGGCCAAGAACACACACACAAGCAGUGGGAAGUUUCAUGUGCAUGAGCACAGGGUUCUUAUCAACGCCCACACAGCCAAGUAAGACCAUAAGGCAGGAGAAGCUCUUUACAUAUUUAUAUAUGCUUAACCUGUUUGACUAUCUGAUUUUAGCACAGAUCAAGAAUAAAUUAUAAAAUAAAUUUAGGUGUAAGCAAAAGGCAAAGAGAUAAAAUCACUCACCUCAUAGACGCAUAUACUGAAAUGAUUAUACGACUGCUAUCCUGAUUUAUUCUUCUAAACUUAGCAUCUCAGCCCUGUUCUUUACCCGGCAGUUAAUCUACUGGCUCUGAUUUAAGCACAAGUGUGGAUUGCUCAGUUUAUUGUGCCAUGCUAUCGUUUUUGGAAAACCACAGUCCAGCAGAAGGCAAGAUCUAAUUACAUGGAAGGGGCUAAACUGUACCAGCACCCCGCUGCUUUCAUCAGGGGUUUGUUAAAGAUGCACUGGAACCCAGAGCAUGCCCAGCCUCUCAGCCAGUGGCCUGAGCAGCACCUGGACGUCUCCUCCACCACCUCCUCUCCGGCUCACAAGUCGGAGUUCUACUCUGGCCGCAGCCGCAGCUCCUACAACUACGCCUGGGCCAAUGAUGACAUCUCUGCCCUGACGGCCUCCAACCUGUUGAAGCGCUACGCUGAGAAGUACGCUGGCGUGCUAGACUCACCCUAUGACCGGCCUCCGACUUUAGGAACCUAUCCAGAGACGGGGGCCUUCGGGGGCCUUAACGGCCAGAAGGCUGAGUUGGAGGCCUGGCCCUUGACGCACAGCACUGAUGCCUCAUAUUCCCUUGUUGCCCCUGGAGGCCACGAUGGCCUCUCAGGUUCCAAGGCUGUACCUACAUCUGCAGGUCCUCCGGGCGUUAGCAGUGUGUCUGUAGUGAACAGUAACCUCUCAGAUUCUGGUUACAGUGGCAGCAGCUCCUGCAGCGGCUCCGGCGACUACCCCUCAAGCUACAGUGGGGCCUAUCUUUCCUCAGGGUACGGUCCACAACCCAGUGCAGCACUUCCCCCUGCCUCGCUCCACACUCUCCAAUCCACUCCCCCCUUGGUACCUAGCUAUAGCCCAACCACACCUGUCUAUAACUACCCCCCCAGCACAUACCCUCCCCAGACCAGCCUUGCCCCCAACUACAGCCACCCCUCUGCAACAUACCUGCCUUCAGGUCUGCCAGCCCCUACGCCUGUUCCCACGAGACCCACAGUGGUAGGAGGCAGCUACAGUUACCAGAGCACCAACCUUGGGACAUCUGAGUCUGGAGGGACAUUAAAAAGGAAAGCAUUUGAGAUGAGUGUUGAAGAGGAUGAGGGAGGGGACAGCUCUCGUUACAGGAAAUACAGCUAUGACCCCUUGAAGGCUGGGGGAAACUCACCCUAUGGUGUAAAUGACAAAACAGAGUGUCGGGGAAAUGGCUUCAGCAGUACAGGCAGCACAGACACAAGCUUUAAGCCCAGUAAGCCCUCCUCCCAGCCCUUGGUUUCUCCCCAGUAUGGGGCACCAGGGGAAUACAGCCCCCCAGCAGGCAUGAUGGGGGAGAAUGGCGUGGCCGAGCAGGACUUCACGCGACAGCAGCACCGCUCCCAGGCUCACAAACGUCCCCCAUUGUGUGGCUCGACAGUUGAGACACUGAAGAGCCCGGAUCCCCUUCUGCUGGACCUUGUCAAUGGGGAGUUAUUGGACUGCAAUCCAGCCUUGGGCUGGGGGGAGCUCGUAGGCCUCACCCACGUCAAGGCUGCCCUGGAAGAGGACCUGCUGUGGCCCGUGUUGAGGCCCAGUCAAGUGGUGCGGCCGCCAAGAACCGUCCUGAUGUUUGGCCCCCGCGGAGGGGGCAAAAUGACGUUGACGCGCUCUUUGGCUUCCCAGAUGGGAGCUUCGUUCUACCGGGUGAGUGGAGCCAUGCUGGCUUCCAAAGGGAAGGCCGAGGCUGAGCGCAUUCUGGGGACUCUGCUGCAGGUGGCAGGGGCACGUCAGCCCUCGGUGAUACUGCUGAACCACGUGGAGGCUUUGGAGGAGGAGGGGCUGAGGCAGACCCUCCAGAGCACCCUGGAGAAAGCCCACGCGGGGAGCGCUGGCCUGGUCAUCCUUGUAUGUGCCACUGGUAGGCCAGAUCUACUGCAAGAUGCAGUCCACCAAAGUUUUGCCAAGCGGUACCACGUUGGCCUACCGGACGUGGGCAUGCGAAGACAGGUGCUGCUGCAAGUCCUGGCGCCCCAGGGCUGCAGCCUGAGUGAGAGGGAGCUGAGCGUGGUGCUGCAGCGCACGGAGGGCUUCUCGGUGUGGGAGCUGCUGCAGCUCGGCCAGCAGGCGCUCUCCUCGGCGACUCCCCCCCCCGGGGCCAUUCCUGGCCUCCCCGCGCCCUCCAAACCCCCAGCCUUUACAGACUUUGAGAAUGCCUUCUGCAAGGUGCGCCCACACACCGCCACAAAAGAACCGGACACUUGUAUAGAGUGGAGCAAGAUGUACAGCCACUGAGACGGCAGCCAGGUCCCUGGACUCGGACUGCACUGAGUCUGUCCCUGCUUCCACAAGGCAGACCUUGGGAAUGUUGUUGCUUUGUAAUUACAGAUUAUACAGCCAAAAGAGCCAGAGAAGAUCAAUGAUGCGAGCGAGGAGAGCUGACGAAGUUGCAUUACUGGCAGAAGCAUGCCACUGUGUGCUGUUUUUGUUUUGCUAUAUCAUCAAGAUUUAGUUUUUCCCAAAGAAAAGAAAGAUGACUAGGCCUUGUUGAGUCUUGGUGUUUGGCCAGAGGGAAAAUCAGACAGCUAUUUGGAUGCUCUCAUGGAUCCUGAUUAGCCUUGGUCCAGGACAAAUUCAGUUAUUUGUUUGUUGCUAGGUGACGUGGUCCAAGAUUAUGGAUAAUCAGGGUUUGUAAAAUGCCCCUUUUGACUGCUACUCUCAGGAUCCUAUUUACCGCAAGACCACUUCCGUGUUACGCUAAUGUUGAUUUUCCCACUGGAUUGUCACUAAUCAUUGAGCACGAAGGGCCUGGGAUCAGCAGCAAACCACAGUCUUUGACCAAAAACAUGUCAAACCAAAUACAUAACCCAGCUUUGAGUUAUGCAUCUCAAAAUCAGAGUAUAUUCUUGGUAUCUUGUCACCAGAACGUGACACAACAGGUCCGACAGAUGAGGAAUAUAAUCCUAGGAGUAAAUCCAAAUAUGCAGCUUCAUGCAACUCACCGGUUACUAUACUCGCUCUCGAAUGGUACAAGUCACAGACAGCUUUCCUUGUUAUUUGUGCUUUGUUGGCUUCAGUAUACAUUUGACACAAUCUCACAUUCCUCCUCGACGGCAGUUUUCCGACACCGCGUACAGAAAAACACUUAACCCGUCUGCACACUCAGCUUCCCCUCCAGCGUCUGCGUUUUUGAUUUCACGCGCUCCCUUUUUGCUUUUCUUAGUUUGUAGUCGUGUUUGAAAUGCUCAGGAAGAAUUUCUUUACCUCAGAAAUAUGAAAUUAAGAAUGUAUGUAAUCUUAGGGUCUUAGCGGUGGAGAGUGGCACGGAGCGAGAUGGAGACGCGAGGAGAAACCUGACAGUCUUGUAACACCCGCUUGCAGCUGGGCUUUUACCUCGAAAGAGAAACUUGAAUAUUCUACAAAGAGUAACAUUGAAUGUAAUUCAGGUAUUUCAAAGGAUAUUUGAUGCCAUAAAUCCAUGUAUUAUUAUAUAUGAAAAUAUAAGUACAUUUUCUUUUCCGUUGUUUUACCCUUUAUUUUUAUUGUAGUUUAUGGUGGAGUGACGACCGUCUUCAACAAAUGCUAUGUAGAAGCCAGAAAAUAUUCCUUCUUUUGUUGGACAAACCUUUACGAUUUGCUGUUUUCUGCCAGUUUGACUUCUACAUCUCCCAGCUAUUAUUUGAAAAUGUAACAUCUGAGCACGAAACCCCUUCCAAAAAUCCGACAGAGGCUCAGGCGGGAGUUGGUGUGUGUGCAGGUUGUGGAUGAAGCCAACGUGUUGACAAUCCAGACAGAUGGCUCCUUUUCCAGCAGCGCGUCAGCUCUGCUUUAACAAGCUGGAAAAAGCUGCUCACUGGGCCUGGGGUGCAGAGGCUGUUCAUAUUAGACUGUAGCUGUGGUCCUGGAGAGGUGGACGCAGAAUGAUGUAAUAUUUCCCACCACCCUUUCCCACCUCCAUCUCCCACUCCCUCCCUCAUCAUUCUUUUUAUCUUUUUUCUCUCUCCCCAGUGCAAUCUCAUUAGAUUGGAUUGCCCCCCGGCCACGAGCCCCCGGUGGCCAUGUGGCCAUGCAUCCUCCCCCUGCCCCCCACGCGCUUCUCGUCUUUUAUACCGAUUUCUCUGGAGUGGAAGUGGUCUGAUUGAUGUCCAGCAACCCUAUAUCACAGUGCAGCCUUCCCUCCACCAGCUGGUGGGCUUAGUCGAGCCACAGAGCCAGAUCAAUCAGAGCGACCCAGAAACUGAAAACACAUUUUCAAAUGAUGGAGCAUCCCCUGACUCACUGUUGAGAGCGUGCAGCCACGGCUCGCAUGUAACUACGCGUAACGACUUAGAGGUUCAGAUACUUAGGUUUGGAUUUGUCCCACUGCUUCUGACAGUUUGUCCAACAAAACAAGCUUUGAUUUCUCCGUGUUUCCACCCGUUUCCACAGUAACUUUGUUCUCGGUUAUCGUACAUUUUCUGUAACCAUUUCUACCUCAUUUUUGCGGCAUAUUGUACAUGAAAGUAUUUAUUUCAUGUCUUUUUUGAUGUCUGUUUUAAAAAUGAAAAUGUUCUUGAACUGUAAUGGUCUACCUCAGAAAUGACUGUAUUUUAAGAGAAGAGUAUCACACAAUAUUAAACAGAAUUUGUCAAUAUUG